ACAGCUCUUGCAAUUGAAUGAUCCCCUGAAAAUUGUUUUCAGUUUUCCUUUUUGCUUCCUUUCCCACUUAUCAACGCACGUGCGGGUACUAAAUAUUUUGUUCUUUUUUUUAUUUUUAUUUUUUUUUAUUUUUCUUUGCUUAUCAACUUACGUAGCCUGCAGAUCUAAUUUUUUUUUCAGACACUGGAUGAAGUCAUCAAAAGGCGAUAUUAUUUGCAACCUUGACCGACACUCUGAAGGACACGUUUUUUUUACCAACUGUAUACUCAUGAUGUUUCAUAUUGAAAUCUGGUUUUAUAGUUCAUAAUGGACAUUAAAUUUCGGAAAGUGAAAACCAACGAACGGGAUGGGAAAAGACGAUACAUCGGUAGAAAGCAUUCUCAAUCGGGAUCGUUAAGUACGAAAUGUCUCGGAAUUAAUCUACGGAAAUCAAUACUCCAUUGUUUCAGAAACGGCAACUGUAUAGCUGAAAGGAAAAUAAUGUUUCCGAAGGCGGAGGGAGAUAGACAAAGCCCAAAAUGUCCAAAAAAAGGAAGUAUGAUGAAAAUUAUGUAAAAUAUGGAUUCUGCUGCAUGAAGGAAUCGGACGGUGUUGAAAAGCCACAAUGCUUUCUGUGUGGAAAAGUUUUGGCAAACGCCAGUAUGAAACCGGCAAAAUUGAUAGAGCAUCUCAAAUCUCUUCAUCCUGAAAAUGCAUCUAAAGAUCUAGAAUUUUUUACAAAGAAGAAAGCCCAGUUUUCGAAAUCUGGAACAUUAACCAAACUUGGAUUUGGUAUUUCACAAAAACCUUUGGUUGAGGCAUCUUUCAGAGUUGCAUAUCGUAUUGCCAAAAGUAAGAAACCGCAUACUAUUGGAGAGACAUUAAUUAAGCCAUGUGCGCUGGAAAUGGUUGAAUUAGUUUGUGGACUGGAACAGAGAAAAAAACUUGAGGCUAUUCCAUUGUCCAAGGAUGUGAUACAUUCAAGAAUAGUUGAAAUUUCUUGCAAUAUCUUGAAACAGAUCAUCGAUGAAUUGAAAGCAUCGCCAUUUCCCUUUAGUAUGCAACUGGAUGAAACUACAGACAUCUCGAAUUGUAGUCAACUUCUUGUUUUUGUUCGUUACGUGUCUGCUGAUACUAUCAAAGAAGAAUUCUUAUUUUGUGAGCCUCUUUUGCAAACUACAAAGGCAGUUGAUGUUUUAGCGAUUUUAAAUGUUUUCUUUUCCAAACACGACUUCGACUGGAAACAAAAACUUCAUUCACUUUGUACGGAUGGAGCACCUGCGAUGCUUGGCAAUAAAUCUGGUUUUGCCCAUUUGGUAAAAAAAGAGGCUCCUAAUGUUAUUGUUACACAUUGUUUUUUACAUAGACAUGCACUGGCUACAAAAACUCUUCCAACCAGCUUAAAAAAAGUAUUGUCAAUAGUUAUUAAAACUGUGAAUUUUAUUAGAAGUAGAGCUCUUAAUCAUCGUCUUUUUAAAACACUGUGUCAAGAAAUAAACGCAGAACAUGAGGUACUUCUGUACCACACGGAAGUGCGCUGGCUGUCACGAGGGCAGGUUUUGAAUUGAAUUUUCAUGUUGAAGAUAGAAGUAUCACUUUUUUUAGAAGAAAACAUUUUCUCUCUGCAAUGAUGAUGACAUUUGUUAUGAUCAUAAAUGUAGAUAGGAUCGCUAUGCCUCUGAAGUGCCUAUUUUAACUCACAAACUAGUAACAAAACAUUAACUAGUAAUAGAGCAUCAAUUAGACACACUUGAUUUGCUGCCAAUAAGAACAUAUGAUCAAAUGCAGCAAAUAAAUGAAAUAAAAUCCAGUGGAAGUUCUAUUAUUUAAUGAAGUUAAAAUGAAAUGAAAUAUUCUAACUACUAUCUACACUCAUGUCCAAAUUUAUCUUUUUACACACAAAAAUAAUGAUAUUCCACAAAAUUGCUCAAAUCAAUUUUUGAAGGCAUGUGUGAAAGACAAGCUUAAUUAGCAUUAUUGAAUGAAAAGUGAUUGAACGAUUUUGAAUAUACAAAUCAAGAUGUUAAGUCAUCUGACAAUGAAUAAAGUGCUUUGUGCAAAGUGAAUAUCAGAAAGAAUUCCUGCAAUACUUCAAAGAGUAUCACUUGAAAAAAUCUGUGAUGUGGCAAAUCAUUGUGCGUUUAGAAGCAGAGCAGACUAUCAUGGUAGUGGUUAGUUUGAAACUGUUGUAAAGAGGCUUGGAUAAGGUUGUAAACGAAUAACAGCUGCUUCUCAAGAUCAAUAUCUGGCAAUAACUGGCAUGGUAAUGGGUUUUCUACUGCUCGGCUGUUAAGUUCAGAGCUUGCAACUGCCACUGGAACUGCCAUAUCAUGGCUAACUGUAUAUAGAAGGUUUAAUGAAAAAGGCCUUUAUGGCAGAAAGCCAAGGGUAUGUGUUUCACUGUCUUCACAACAAAAGACAGAUCACUUUAAUUAUUCAGAGAACAUCAGAACUGGAGUUAACACCAAUGGACCCAUGUUCUCUUUACUGAUGAAUCGAGAUUUAGUUUAACAUUUGAUUCUAAACGUGUGUGCAUCUGGAGAGCAUCAGGGACAUGAAAUUUUCCUUUGAACAUUACGAAAUGUGAUGGUUUUAGUAACGCAGGUGUGAUGGUAAGGGAAGGAAUAAUGAUUGAUAAAUGUAUCCCCCUACAUGUUUUCACCAGCGGUGAAGGCAUCUGAAAUAUUGGGAUGAGGUUUUAAAAACUUAUGUAAGAAUUUUCAGAAGUGCAUAUGGAUCUGAUUUUUUAUGGAUAAUAAUGCUCAACAAAACAUUUUGGGUGAUUUGAUAGUAAGUGAACACCAUAGCCAGCAAAAUCUCCUGAUCUUAACCCGAUAGAGAAUUUAUGGAACUAUCUAGGAAAAACAGCUAGACAGAGACAUCCUUCUCCAAGAGAUGUAACUGCACUGAGCACACUGCUGAAGGAGUUGGACAUAAUUCCCCAACUUGUGGUUAACAUUAUUGUCAGCAUGAAAUAAAUAUGUAACAUAUGUAAUAUAGAGGAGAUCAACUUCUGUAUUAA